AUGACGAAACGCCACUCGCCGCGGGAGCCUUCUUUCACGCCCGUGUCCACAAACGCCGACUCUGACGACGAUGGUAUCAUAGAAGAAGACCUGCACAAGCCAUCGAAGCGAUUGAAAGCGGCGCACGGCUCGGCAGCCGACUCAACAUCGAUUCCUGUCAUUCACGAACCCGAGGACGAGGCAGAAGACGAAGCAGACCACGCCAACGAGACGGACAGCAAACGAGACGCCAAGCAAGACAAGCUGGCCAUCAAAACUGAAGCCGGACUUGAAGCGGAGGCCGACAUUGACGUCGACGCCACCCAGCUCAACGACGCGAACACACAGCUGGUCGAGACCAUGUCGAACAUCUCGGAAGACACAGAAGGCGAGGCGCCCCAUGUCCGAGGCACGGGCUCUCUGCCGGGCGACGACGACGGCUUCGGACAGGUCACCGUCUGCGCCUGGGACGGCUGCAAGACCGGAGACCUGAGCACUAUGGACAAGCUGGUCGAGCACUUGCACGCCGAGCACGUCGAGGGCAAGCAGCGGCGGUACACGUGCGAGUGGAUUGGGUGUCCGCGGAAGGGCAAGGGGCACGCGAGCGCCUACGCACUCAAGGCCCAUCUGCGCAGCCACACGCGAGAGAAGCCGUACGUGUGCUACCUGCCAGAGUGCGCCCUAGCAUUUGCGCGCGCCGAUGCGCUCAACAAGCACGUCCGCAGUGCUCACGACAUUGACCUGAUGCGGUCGAUCGACCCGCCUCGCGCCGUGCAUGCGGGUGGCAUCAGCGGCAAGAACAGCAUCGGUUACGGGGCAUCUCUGAUGAACGGAAAUGGCAGCGCUGCCAACAGCACCAACACCGGAAGCGGCGGGCACAAGAGCGCUUCGUCCAAGCUCAAGAUCAUCAUCAAGACGCCACAGUCACACGCCGCCGGCCAGGACGACUCGGUGGACUACGGCCCGGCCCAGCACCGCAGCUUCACGUUUGUCAACGAGCCUGGCCCCGACGAGACGACGCUGACGUGCGAGCAAGGCUUCACGGCGCGCGAGCUGGAGUUGCCGCUGGAAAAGCUAUACGCGCUGUGCCGCUGCCAGCUGCGGUGGGCCGAGACGGAGAACGAGGAGCUGCGCAAGGAGUGUGCGACAUGGGAGGAUGAGUACCACCAAGCAUGGCUGGAGUGCCAGGUGCUGCUGGACCAGGUGCUCCAGAGCGAGAAGGACUGGCACAAACGACGGCAGGCGGUACUGGCCAGCCUGGCCGUUGAGGAGCGGCGGACGGCAGCAGCGGCAGCAGCAGUGGCAGCAGCGCAAGGAGGCGUGCCCGGAAUCAAGGACGAGGACGAGGAUUCGGUGGGCGACGAGGACAACGACAACGGCGACGGCGACGGGGAUGGCGACGGGGAUGGCGACGGCGACAGUGACGAUAACGGCAUGGAUGCCGACGUGACGAUGGACGGCUAUUCCUUUGCUGACGUCUCAUCCUUCUCGGUUGUCGGAUCGCAGCUGCGACAUCAGGUAUCCUAG